AUGUCCCUACCCGACACCGUGGCCACCUGCCAAGCCGCGCGCCGCAACAUGACCCUUGCGGCUGCCUUCAUGGACAACCAGGCCACCACAUGCCCCGCUGGCGGCGGCGGCACUGCCCACGCUGGCGGGGCCCCCGAGACGGACCGCGAACGCUCGAUCGAGGCGAUGGCGCCCCUGCUGCAGGCGGCCCUGGACCCCGCUGCGCCAGAGUGGGCGGCGCGCAACAUAGAACAGGGGCUCGUCGGCGGCGCCGCCGGCGACGGCGUCAGCGGGCUGCUGCGCGGCCUGUCAUACAACGCGCUGGUCUGGAAGCCUCUGGCCGGCGUCCUUGUUUUCGCUCUCACGCUCGCCGUGCACGUCUUGACCCGCCUCGCCCUUGGCCGCAAGCUUGAGGGGUUGGGCCUGGAGCAACAGCUCGUCUCGUCGCAGCACGCGCUGUUCGUGGCUGUGUUUGCUAUCCAGAUUGUCCCCUUCACGUACUUGGCCGCGGAGUUCCUGUUCAAGCGCUGGACCGCCGCCUACUUUGUCGGCGACGACCGCCACGCGUGCGCGCUCGGCGCGAUGGUGGGGUUCAUGAUCGUGUCCCACGCCUACCUGUACUGCAUGGAGAGCGGCCUGCGCGUGCUGAUUAAGCCGAGCCCGCUGCUGCUGGUCCACCACGCGCUGUUCUUCCUGCUGCUGGCGUGCGGCCUGUGGCUGGGUCCCAGCAUGCUCCUCAUAAAGGCGACUCUUGUUCUGGACUUGGGGGCGGUCCAUGAGUUGCCGCUGUAUGUUGCCCUGCUUGUCUACAGGCUGAGCAAGAGCACGCGCUUGAUUCGUGGCUUCCUUGUGGGCGGCCUGGCCUGGGCCACGGCGCCCUACAUCAUAUUCGCAGUCGUGUGCGCAGCCCUGUCUGGUGUGCAGGCCUACACUUUUGUCAUCUACGCGGGCAUGUACAGGCGCGCUGGCAAGAGCGUGAACUCAAUCAGCGCACCCCUCGGCAUGGCGCAGCCCAAGCUGUCACAAACCGUGCUGAUGCUCAAGGCGGCAGCAAACGGCAGUGACAGUGGCAGCGGCGAUACACAGAUGGCGGGCAAGGAUAGUCGCCAGCCACAGGAUGUUGAGUCCAACUACUCGCAGGCUCGCGAUCCUGAACGUGCAGCUUCGGUGGUAUGGACCCAGGCGAUUGGCAACCCGGCGCCCCUGGGGCUGCUGGCGUUUGGGAUGACCACGUUCUUCCUCAUGACGGUUGACACCCUCUGGUCAUCCAAGGUUUUUGCGGGCACAGUCAUCGGGUAUGCCUACGCGUACGGCGGCUUUGCACAGAUGGUUGCCGGCGUGCUCGAGCUGCUCAAGGGCAACACCUUUGCCGGCUCCGCCUUCUUCUCCUAUGGCUCCUUCUGGAUCUCAUGGGCUUUCUUCCAGACCAUGACGCGCCUGCACGCCGACUCUGGCUUCACCCCUGACGCCGGCUUCAAGGUCGGCGAGUGCAUCCUGCUGGCUACCUGGGGCUUCUUCACGUUCGGCUUCUUCGUGCCCACCCUGCGCAAGAACGGCUGCCUCAUGACGGUCUUUGGCAGCCUGAGCAUUACGUUUUGGCUGCUGGCCGGGGGCGUCUACAGCCCCACCUGCAACCACGCCGCCGGCUACUUUGGCGCGUUCUGCGGCCUCAGUGCCAUCUACACCGCCUUUGCUGAGCUGUGGCAAGAGAGCCUGGGUGUCACCUUCCCCGGACUCACGCCUGUCCGCUUCAUCUAG